AUGGGACCCCGGCCCUUGAGACCCGCGCAGCUGCUCUGGCUCCUGGGCGCCGUCGCUGCUGUGCCCGGGGCUCGAGCGCUCUUGUGCUACGAGGCCACCGCCUCCUCCUUCAGGGCCGUGGCCUUUCACAGCUGGGACUGGAUUCUGAUGCGGAGCGCCGUGUGCCAGCUGCGAGAGGGCUGCGAGGAGACGCUGCUGCUCAUCCAGUCAGGGACCAAGAAGGGAGUGGUGGGUUUUAAAGGCUGCAGCUCGUCCUUAUCCUACCCUGCGCAAGUCUCCUACCUCGUCUCGCCGCCCGGCGUGUCGCUCGCCUCCUACAGCCGAGUGUGCCGGACUUACCUGUGCAACAACCUCACCAACCUGGAGCCCUUCGUGCAGCUACAGGCCGGCGCGCCCAAGGCCACGGGGCACUCUGCCCGCGAGUGCCCCACCUGCCUGGGCAGGCACGACAAGGAGUGCCUCCCCAACUUCGUCUCCGUGGAGGCUUGCCCCGCCGCCGCGCCUGCGUGCUACAGUUCCACGGUGAAAUUCCACGCAGGCCGCCUCAACACCACCAUCCUCCUCACGGGCUGCGCGCAGGCCCACCGCCACCUGUUAGCCGAGUUCCACCACAUUGGGAGCAUCCGGGUGACCGAGGGCCUCAACAUCCUGGACAGGUCCCAGGUGGUUGGUGCUGGGCCCUCCCGUCGGGGCCCCGCCUGGAGCACCCUCUUGGGCCUCCUGCUGGCCCUCAGGAACUGA